AUGGCCAAUCGAUCCUCAUCAAAAAGGAAAACAGGAUUUCCUGGUUUCCUUUUGUGCAUCAAUGCUGUUGUGGGAUUAGCAGAAGAUCUCGUUAAUGUAGAGAAUCCAGUACUCAAGUAUCUUCUGACGUACAAGAUGAGCCAAGAUCACUUGGAAUUAUUCCUUUCAGCUGUGCGAGCUUCUGGAAGGUGGAAUAAUAAUCCAACAACUCGUCAAUUUAUAGCAGCAUACAAGUAACUGCUGAUGAGGCACAACAUCGAAGGAGAAUGUGGAAACUGUACUUCUCAAGAUGAUACGGAGAUAUUGAACAGUGUCCAGGAUCAACAUGAAAUCAACUCCUUGCCUACUGGAAUUUCUGAUGUAGCAAGAGAUACGACUUGGCGUUGAGACCGCCAGCUGCAGAUGAUCACAGCUACUGUGAUGUUUCUAAUGCCAUGGAACUAUCAGAGUACAAAGAAGCUGCCAUAUCCUAUAUCGCUGGGUGUGUUGUGAAAAUGGUAGAGAAAAAGAUCCAUUGUCCGCAAUGUGUUGCGGCUUUGACAACAAACAAGGAAAGCAUUCCAGACUUGUUUGUAACAUGGAAGACGAAUGGAGGUCUUAGAUUGCCAUCCCUCAGACUUUUGAAGAUCUGCAAGGAAACGGAAAAGUGUGUUAUAGUACAUACUUUCUGUUAUAGUACACUCCAUUCUGCGCAUCAGUUCUGCUCAUAACAAAGGUGGACCCCCAUAUAUAAACAUUGCCCAAAUUUUGCAUCUUUCAAACUUUUUUGAAUUGAAACGUAAAGUUUAUAUUCAUUUUCAAGCAUGGUGAACCAGAAAAGUGUUAGAUAUUCAGCUAGUAUAUCAUAUUUUAUAAAUAUAGCAGUUCAAAAUGUAAACAAAGUUCGCACAUGCGUACACGAGCGGACACCAUCUUUAAUAUGUAGAUGUGCUCCAGUAAAUAUUAUGCUUUUAAUUCUUCAAUAUAUAUGAACAGUGCAUGGGUAAAUAGUCUCUCUCGGUAUUUUUAACAGAUAAAUAUGCAAGCAAUGCAGUCUAACCCCACAUGCCAUUUGUGGAAAACUAUAGGUAUGGUAUAUACUAUUUUUGUAUACAUAGACAUUAUCACUCCACAUAUGUAUAGACUCACUGACUGGUAGUUUGAAUUGCAAAGCGCGGGAAAAUGUCUCUAUAUAUGAUCAAAUGCGCAUAUGAUCGCAUUUGAUCAUAUGCGCAUUUGAUUAUAUACUAUAACAUGUAAAUUUGCACAAUAUAAAUAUUAAAUAUUAUUAUUAGUAUUGUAUAUUCUUCGUUUUCUGUGGACUGCGGUAGGUUUUGCAAAAAAAAAAAAACUAUGCUUUUUAACAAAAUAUUUAACUUAAACUGAAUAUAUUUUUUAAAAAUGCUACUUAGUUGAACUGCUAUAAUGAGUUUAGAUAUUUUUGGGUUAUUUAUCAUUAUUUUUCCCCAUUUUUCGAUGUCAAAACAUCUUUUUGCCAUUUCAGUACUGGCAAAAUGUAGUAUAAAAUUCUGCAUAUUUUUCAAUAUAGUACUUUCAAGAAGUGAUAUAUUUUAAUAUUUGAAGGUACGGAAAUAUUAAUUUAUUACCGUUUUUAUUAUUGGAGUCAGCAAACACCUUUCCAGUACCGGUACUGAGGUUUUAAGUGGUCAACUUUUGUCAUUAUACUUUUCUAGGUUGGCGACAACUCGAAAAAGUAAGUCCCAAGAUUCAAGAAUUAUUUUGCACUUCGUCAGUUUAUACGCAAAAUAAUCCAUAAUUGUGAAUAACACAAUGACAUUUACAAUAAAUUUAUUUUCAAAAAUAUUCUUCAACAUAAGUUUUAAGCUAGUAUUGUAAGCCACAUAUGUUUUUUCACCCUGUUUAUGUCAAAUUCCAUGACUAAUAGUAAUACCUGUAUGGUUUUUAUAGUGGCAACAGAAAAGAACGACAGAUUUGGUUGUAAUAAACACCAUAAGUCAAUAAAUGUUUUUCUUCAUUUUCACAGUAACCAAAUUUACAUACCAUAUAUGGUAUGGUUGCAUUAUACCUUAAAACAAAUGUUUUAUUUUAGAACCGGAUGAUGAUAACAUGCCUCCUGCAAAGGAGGUUGAAGAAGAAGAAGAACAAGAUAAGGGAGAGAAAG